AUGGGCCUUCUCAAGCUGCCAAACGAGAUAUUUCUCAUGGUGGUCGGUCUUCUUGAUCUUGAAGAUCAGUUCAACUUCAGCUUGAGCAGCCGCAGCUUUCAGUUCAUCCUUCGUGAUGAGGGCAUAUGUAGACUGAAUCUGCAGAAACACGCCUCGUUUUCGCUAGAAUACAAGGCUGCGCAGACCACGCAUCAAUACGCAAAAGCAUGGCGACAGAUUACAAAGCGGAAAAUUGCUAUCCAGACGGGCAACCCCUUUCUCGUAUCGAUUGUUGCUGUAGCGGACCAGUUCAUCUAUAGAAAUGGCGCCUUGUUCUAUCUUGCUGGGCGAGAUCACCUCCGCGUUCUUUUUCUUCAGGGGUCGGUCACUACGGAACUGGCUCUUGAUCCACAGCGACUGCUUCAGAGCAUUGAAUCGUUGGACCCAACCUGGCAUGACUAUCGGUUGAGUCCGUUGCAUUAUUCUUGUGGGGUUGUUUCUCUAUUGGCCCAAGAUAGGGCAGCAGCAGGGGAAGACUACUUGAUUACGUUGGAGAUCGAUCAAAUGCGAUCGCGGGCAUAUCCUCUGGUGGCUACACACAGGCUAUUCAUUAGAAACGACGAGAGCCAUCUUUAUUAUGGCAUACGCUCCUAUCCAACGUUCCAAAAUCCAGCCUUCUGGACUCUUCGGCAGAUCAAUAUCAGUUCUGGAACAGAGGAGAUUGCAUUCCUCGAUCUCCCAAGUCUAGUGGGAGAGGAGAUCGGGUCCAACACCUCCUUUGAGAUAUUUGACGGCUAUUUCUAUGGCGCAUCAAGUGAACAGCUUUUCUCUGCCGAGCACACAGCCUGGAACUCAUUUUACUAUGUGUUUCGGUUCCCAGUAGGCAGAAUUACCUCUCCAACCGUGCUCCCCAAGUCAUUGAGCUGGAGAAGAAAUCCCAACGAGGGUUCCACCGAUGAUCGCUGGACUUCGCUCGGGCUUUUCCAAGAUGAGAAAACUGGUGGGAUCUUUAUUUGCGAGACCAGGAAGGAAUGGAGUCCCAAUACGCCCUUCAGCCAGCGGAAUUGCUACCGCAAAGAAAUCGACUUCCCCUUGGAGGACUGCACGGGGGUUGAACAGUUGGAAGACCCUCUUGAAGACGAGCUAGACAGCCCGGCCUAUUUCGAAACUCGCCCACCAGGCAGCGUUCAUAAUGGUGAUAGCGGACAUCAUGCAUCAACAUGUACCUACAUGGACUCUUCUAUACGGUCAUAUAAUCCUGCGGCAAGAAGCUUCGUUGAUCUUGUUAACGACCCAGCGCCGGACUCAACCAACACACGACGAUUAAGACUUCGGAUACGGCCAAUGGGGAGAACAUCCGACCUCCAGCCUCGCUCUGCGACUUUGACUGGCGGAGAGGCCUUCAAGGGCGACUCGGAUGUCAAGAUUUGGCCUCCGGAAUCGCCCCAGGGCGAACCAGAAACUCAGCUCCAGCGGGCAUUCAGCUUGAUAAAUCCACAGCCAUCAGGUCGCGUGAAGGAUUGGGUUGUAGAUGAUAGGUUUGUUAUCUAUCAGAUGGAGGAAAGUGGCUCCCGCUAUCCAUCACCUAUAGUCAUCAUAUCGUUUGAUCCAGGACUCAGAUUCCCAGGAUUGCCCAAGGCCCUGCUCUCGCAAGAGAGCCACGGCGAUCAUCUACAAGCCGUGCCAGAUCUGCCACGAGUCAUGGAACCUGACAGCGUAAACCUGGCAGAAAAAGUCCAGCCAUUAUAUAGUUUCCUACAGGGAGAAAAUCGACCGCUUCUGGGCCUUGACUUGGCCCUAUAA